AGAACCCUAUCUUGUCAUCAAAAAUACAUUUGUCAUUUUUCUUUUAUUUCUCGAAAAAAAAAAAUAAAAAAUACAUUUUUGUGACGAAUAUUUCGUCUAUUAAGGAAAAGAUAGUAUUUCAUUUAGUCAACAAUUUAAAAUUACAUUGUUAAUCGUAUACUUAUCUAAAUCUGAUAAAAAGCACUGUUAACAAAAAAGUUUUUGGAAGAAAAGAAUAAUAUGUGCAUUUUGAAGAAUGCCGUUUCAGGCGCCUUCGUGGACAGAAUUUUAUACCUGUCCCAUUUGUGAAAACGAGUUUUCAAACAAUCAACGUUUGCCCAUAAGUUUAGGAUGCGGCCAUACGAUAUGUCGUGUCUGCCUAUCGACUCUUUACAGACGUCAAUGUCCAUUUGAUCAGACGACAAUUUCAACUGAUGUUGAUAACUUACCAAUAAACAAUGCAUUGUUGCAACUACUUAACUCAGGGGACGGUAAUGAUGGUGGGAGCAAUGGAAAGAACAACAGCGGAGACAACAACGUCUCCGCUUCUAAUACAGGCUCCAAUACGAAAUCGGCAACGGGUACGAAUAAAACAUAUGGAGUGGGCAAUGAAAAUGACGGCGCUGUAGGAGAUCAACAUAUUCCGCCUAGUGUUCGUAAUUUAAAACCAGAUGAUUUAAAAUGUUAUAAAUCAUCUAAGAAAUGCAUCGAAGAUCUGGCCCAGUAUUUGAAAUCGUUUGUUACAAAUAGUGGCAAUCCGUUGUUAACACGUCCAAUGUUGCGGAAAUUGGUUACAUUGGUUAACUGCCAACUAAUGGAAGAGGAGGGUCGUAUAAGAGCAGUUCGAACAGCAAGGUUUCUGGGUGAACGUACGGUUACUGAACUAUUAUUACAACAUCAGAAUCCACAACAGCUGAGUUUGUGUCUGUGGGCGGCAGUUCGUUCAAGAGGUUGUCAAUUUCUUGGACCGUCUAUGCAGGAGGAAGUGUUAAAAUUGGUAUUGCAGGCUUUACAAAACGGAUCUGCUUUAUCUCGUAAAGUUCUGGUCAUGUAUGUUGUGCAGCGUUUGAUUGAUAACUCAUUGCCGGCAUCUAAGACCAGUAUUGGUCACGUGGUGCAAUUGUUAUAUCGCGCUAGUUGUUUUAAGGUUUCGAAGAGAGAAGGCGAUUCAUCAUUAAUGCAACUAAAAGAAGAAUUUCGCAAUUACGAAGCUUUACGUCGAGAACACGACGCUCAGAUUGUGCAAAUUGCCACGGAGGCUGGAUUAAGAAUAGCGCCCGACCAAUGGUCGUCAUUGCUAUAUGGAAACACCUCCCAUAAAUCACACAUGCAGAGCAUAUGUGAUACUUUACAAACACCGUCAUCUUUUGCCCAAUCUGUCCAAGAAUUGGUUUUGGCCUUGCAGCGCACAGGAGACCCAACAAACUUAUCCAACUUGCGUCCACAUUUGAAGCAUUUGGCUUCUAUUGAUCCAUCGCUGGAAAGCACGCCUCCAACAUGGUCCGAAGUCGAAAAAGCUUUAGAAGCGGUCCGUUUUGUUGUUCUGGGCUUAGUAAAAUUCAUGCAAUACCACAGUACGCGUAAAGUACAGGAUUAUCCGACACCAUCCAUGAAUGCAAAUGGAAAAUAUAAAAUAAGUCUAUGCCGGGAUUUAACUGAAAGACGGAUGUGUCCACGCGGGCCGAAUUGUACAUUUGCACAUUCAGCUGAGGAACGACAAAGAUAUCGCGCUAAACAUCGAAGGUCGGGACCUGGAGACAAAGCAAUGGUUAGACCACACACAGUUGCAGGAGUUUCUCCUGGCGGUCAAUUAGAUAAUAUGAAAAAUGAGUAUCCCAAAAACCCAACUCAACAUCCAAACAACAAUGCUGUUCCUCCACAUGCGGGACAGCACACUCUUACACUAUCGAAUGCUCUUGACAAUGGGAAUUCUCCAGUUAAAGUAAAAUCCUCGCCUAUGAGGAAAUAUUCUAACAAUGAUGCAAGCGGUGGUGGGAUUGGUAUUGGUAUGCGCCCCAACAUGUUGGAUUCAGCCGCUUUCAUGGGAGAUCUUUCUAAUACAACGUCACCCUUAAGCAUGCAAGGACCUCUUAAUGCUUUACAUUCUAGCCCUAUACCGCAGCCCGGACACUUGUUAGGAAUGAAUGCGCCCACGCCCAUAAUAAAUGUGCCGCCAGUGCACAAACAUCCACCUAACUUUGAGGGCAUGCCUUUUAUUCCUACCAAUUAUAAUGGAAAGUACAUGCGUAUGCCAAAUAUGGGGAUGCCAAUGCCACCAAAUAUGCAUCCACACAAUAUAAGAGGGCCUAUAAACAGCAGUGGAGUACUGGCCACAGGUGGUAUAGGAGGAGGUCUACCAGGACAGGGCAUUCUAUCACCUAGAUCUUCCGUGCAUAACCCGAUAAAUAUUACCACCGUUGUAAACCCACCGAAUUUACAGGGCACAAACUCAAAUAAGCCAUCAGGAAGUCCAUUGCAUAAAAAUAUGUUCAAUAAUACGACGAUGCAGGGAGAUUUUUUCAAUCCCACACCACCUCGGUCAUAUUUUGCGAAUGCCAAUACUGCUGACAUGAUUCCAGGUACAGGGGAUAUGUCUAUGAGAAUGUCCAAAGCAAAAGCGGCAAAGGUAGCAUCAAAUCCUUUGUGGGAUGCCCAUCACCAGCAGUCCUGUCAACCGCCAAUUAUAAAUAAUUCGGAAUAUGCCUCUAACCACCAACAUCCUAUGUAUAUGACACCUCCACUCAGCCAACCACAUCAACAUCUCACUCAGCGACCACCAUUAGACGCUAAUGUGUUCUUCGAUAAAACUCCAAUGGAGUACAACAACAAUAAGCCUGCAACAAACAUAGCAGAAUCCUCAUUAAAUUUGCCGGAUAACUUUAUGUUCAAGGGAAAAUCUAAUUAUCUAGAUAGAUCUGGAACUACUCUUAAAGACGUUGCAAGAGUAAAAAAUAAGAACCCCAUGGUAUUACAUGAUAAACCAAAUCCAUUUUGGAAUAUUGGCAAUUGUAAUGAGCAACCCAAUAAUAGCGGUGCACAUUUUAUGGGCACAACCAGCAAUAGUAUAAACAUUGAACCACCAUCGCCAUCGACGUCACUGUUCCAUGAUCGAGAAAAUUUCGUGCGGUCGGAUUCUAUAUUAGAUGAUGAUGCAGCAACAUUUGAUGUACCGCCAACGUCAACAGCCUCACUAGGAAAUAAGUAUGGGCCGAUUUGUCCAAUGUACAAGGGACAAUCCACAAAUAACACAAACACCUUUGUAGAUUCUUGGAAUGCUCUAAUAUCUCAAGAUAGUGAUAGUAUAGGAACUACGUCUAAUAAUAGAAAUAGCAAUGGCAAUGACUUUACAGUAUUCUCAUUGGAUAAUAACGAUCCAUUGGGUAUGACACUGAGUAAACAUGCAACAUCACAAUCAACAUCGGACACAUUUAUAGAUAACGUAGCUGCGGGUAAUGUUGUAGAUAUUGCUUGUGGAGCACAAACGUCGCCGCAAUCCACAAAUUCGUUUGAAGGCUACGAAAAUAUGCAGGCAACGCUCUCCAAACUUUCAUUUAUGAAUGAAUCUACCAUUUCCGACGAACAUGACCAUCAACAAACACGGAAUCGUUUUCCUUUCGAUCUCAAUCCUCUGUAUGACAUAUUGGGUCAAGAUAAUUUUGAAUCGGAUAUAACCAAGAAUCCAGCUUUAAAUGAUGAUAUGCUGUGGAACAGUAACUCUAAACAUGGAACUUCAAUGAAUCUGGGUCUAAACACCUUCUGGAGCAAGGAUGUGAAUUUGGCGACCCAUCCAGUUGCACAUGUUACACCAAAUUCUAAAAGUCUUAUUAAUAGUAACAAUUUAGCCAGAAACCCACAGCAAUCACAAGGAGAACAAUGUCAAUCGCGAAACCUUGAAGACACUGAACUUGAUAUUAAAGAAAUUGUUGACAAGAUGUGGCCAACAGGUGGCGAUGAUAGCGGCAUAAAACUAGAGUAAAUAAUGGUAAAUACGUUAUACAAAUUUAGAACAAAAUUCAUUGCAAGUCAACUGAAGCAAUGAAAUAGAAUAUUUGUAACAAUAAUUCAGCUUUUCGAUAAUAUGUGAGUGUAUAUGUGCGUGUAAAAUAAGCAAAGUGAUAGUAGUAAAUUAUUAAUGUGUCAAGUUUUGCGAAGAAGACUAAAUGUGUUUUUGGAUUCUCUGUGAUUCUUUAUUUGUCUUUGAAUUCUGAUUUAGCCUACCAAGGUUUAACCCAUACGCCCAUAAAAUCCUAAAAUGCCUUUAUCAUGUAUAUUAAAAUCAGCUGAUUAUUGUUUUAACAUAGGGUUAAUUUUAUAAAAAAAAAAAUUGUUGAGAUUUUUAUAAUAAUUUAAUUUAUUAUCAUUCUUGUGUAUGUUUCUUGAAAAUUGUAACACUAUAAGUUUUUAUUUCGCGCCUUUUAACCUUAUGAUUCAUGUCUUUAGUUUCUAGUUUAUAACAAUUCGAAACGAUAUUAUUGUUGUUGUUUAUUAAUGUAUAUGGCGAAUUGUUUAGGUAUAGCAGUAGUGCAAAAGUAUUUGCAGAAAAAUUAAUGCUUAUACACUCACUAUUUUCACCACCCUCUCAUUCUCUCUCUAAGUGUUUCUCAACUUCAUGAAAAUAGAUUUUUUUUGGAUAGGUUUUUUUUACCGGCUUUUAUAUAUCUUUGUAUAUUAAUUACGAAUGAUCAAAGCACAUGAAGCUUACAAUAGUAAACAACAAUUUUGUACUCUCCUAACCCAAACUAUAUCCAAAAAAUUAUAUAAAUGUAUGAAAAACAAAUGAUAAAUAUAUUUCUUAAAGAAAUUGAAAUUACGCUAUUUUGCGAAUGUUAACUACUGGAAUAAAAUUAUAAAUAUAAAAAAUUAUAUAUAGUAUAUAUAUGCAGACAUAAAAUUUAUUAUGUGUUUAUUAACUAAAUAUCCAAUGUUUUUAUUUUUAUGAAACAAUUUGUCAAAUUUGAUAUAUUUUUAUAAUAUCCCAAUGAUGAGAUAUGUUAUACUAUUAAAAAUAUAUAACACAAAAUAAAAAAGAAACAAAACAUACAUAACGAUAAAUUAUAUAACGAUAUUUAUUUUACUUUCGAUAAACAUCUGAAACAUAAAACACAUUUCGUUCUAAGUUCUUCAAAAAUCUUUUAAUAUAUGUACUAAGUUAAAAAAUCAAAAUAAAUAUUUUUUUAAUUAUGUCCUUCGUUGCUAAAUUUCCACUUUGUAAUCGAAUUUCGUAACCUUUUCAAAAGAUUUACCUUACUUAUAUAUACAUAAAACCAAAAUUAUUAAUUUGGUGUGGUAUAUAAAAUAUAUAUUUAAAGAAAAAUAUUUUUUUUAUUACAACAUAAAUAACAUUUUAUAUACAUAUAUACACAUUUAAACUAUUAACCUCAAGUUCACAUGAAUUGUCUACAUGUGUUUUAAACAUUGAGUUUAUCCUGAAAAAUCUACUUUAGUUUAUAUAUUUAUAAUAUCACAUUUCUAUAAUGAAAAAAAACCAUAAAAAAAUAAUUAAGAAAAUCAUGUUGAGCAAAUGCUGAUAAUGAAACAGAUAAUAAUGGAAUGAAGUAUAGAAAAUAUUUUAUUUACACUAUACAUAUAAACAGAAACAAUUAAUACAAGUAGCUGUGAUGUGUUACAUUUAAUUAAAAGUCAUAGUAAAUUGUUCUCCAUAACUGUUGAGGGAAAUAUUCGUCCGGUUAAAAGAUAAAAUAAUAGACAUUGUAAUUUAAUGUAAACCCGGAAUCAUGAUUUGUAUUGGCUUCUCACGACUUGCACAGUAACAAGUAUGCUUAAUCUUAAAAGUGCGAAUCCUUGCCGUCCGUUGUUUGACUAUGCAUUCUUGUAAUUGAGGAAGAAGUAGUACUUAUUGAUGAGGAAAUUACACUUUGGUUGACGGCCUAUAUACAAAAUAUUAUUUUUUUAUGUCAACGAGAAUUUAUCGUCACAUUUACAGAGAGUUUUUAUUUUAUUGCCUCCAUCCUGCAUUAGAAAGCAACGAAUUGUAGAAAAUUUGCUCUAAUAUUCUCUAGUAAGAGAAUUGUCGAUAAUAUUUUUUCACUUAAUGAAAUUGUAUAUAAUUUUGAUAAAUAAUGAAAUUAGUGACAAAAAUGAAAAUUAAAAGUUUGAAAGUUUUUGCGAUAACGCAAAAAAUAAGAGAAUUCUACUACAGAAACUGAAAAGCGUAUAAGAUUCGAUUAUUAAUUUUCUUUGUUUCUUUCCUACAGUUUACAAGUUAUGGCAAUAUUAAAACGUGUUGACUAUGUUCGCAGGAUGAGGGUUAUAAAAUUGUGCACUUAUGCCAGCAUAUAUUCGCAAGAACACACAUAUUCAUAUCAUUCGUCGGCUCAACUUUAAAUCAAAUUGUUUCUGUUUAGAUUUAUCGUGAUUUAUAUUUUGAUAAAAUGUUUUGUUGGUUAAGAAUGUUAGUAUUUGGAGUUGAAUUCAACUGAAAUCCCUUACUAUAAUUGUUGUAAAGUUUAGCAUGCAUUAGAAUUGACGGCAUCAGAUCCUAUUACGUCCUUUAUAAGUAUCGUAUUGUUGUAAAGAACCUUUUUCUGCGGUUAAAUUCCCCCUUAGCCCUCUUCCUACAGACAAAAUAUAAUUUAUUUGUCUAGAAUAACGGGUUGCUUUCACGUCUGAGUUUCGUUGUAGAAACCCUUUAGUCCCAAGAUAUGAAUUUAUGUAAUGUUAAUCCAAACUGUAACUAAUGAACCUGAAUUUUACAGCAAAUAAAGGGUUAGUAAAUGUUAAACGUAUGUUUCAUCAUAUUAAUGAAACAUAGCGAAGCGAAACAAUACCAAAUAGUUUUCUCAAAAUAUAAAAAAAAAUAAUUAAACAACUUUAUUUUCACCGACAAAUAUCUAACCAUAAAUCUAUAUACAUAUUUAUAAUAAAUCAAAGCAAAGCUUUUUUUAAUGCCAAGGGCAAAUUAUUAAAAAAAAAAAAAAAAAAACAUUUAAAUAACCUCAAUUUUGAUUUACGUUUUGAAGUUUGUUUCUAUCAAAAAAUGCGACAUCAUAGUUAUAUAUAAAUUUAUUUUUAUUUCUUAUUACAUUUCUUACAACAAAAUUUCAUACCAUAAUAACCUCUUGUAAAAUGUAUUUGCUUUAAGUACUAAAAGUUGAAACCAUCUCUGGUGUCAAAAGCGUCCACGGAUAAACAAAAAAUCUGCCAAUCGCUUUUAAUUAAAAUUGAUUAACAUUUCAACAUUCACGUGUACACCCAAAAUUUACGUAAAAAAGGUUCCAGGAACACUUGUUAUUUUUAAUGUUGUCCUCAUCUAUUCUAAAGUAAAUAAAAUUCUUCAACAAUACAGCUUCACUUUGGAUUUUGAAAGUAUUUAUUCUUAGCCGAUAAAAUCUAUUGUUCUUAUGGUAAUCUUCAUUUAUUGGCUAUACCAAAUAAAUUACUUAAAUUGCAUGGGAAAUGUAAGGAUGUAUUUACAAGAUUACACCGUCAGGCCAUUUGCAGUCCUCCCUCCUUGGCUUUAAAAACACUGAUUUUACAUAAUUUAAAACUAAAAUUGUGCUUUAAACACUUAUCAAUUUUAUGUCUAUAUAAACCAAUAUCAGAUCGUAUGUAUGUGUUAACGUAAAAAUAAUUUAUAUACUUUUCGUUAACAAGUGUUCCUUAAGAAGUGUUAUUUUUUAAAAAGAUAUUAUGGAAUUUUUAGUGUUAUUGAAUGACAUUUGUGUACAUAUAUCGGAUUAAAAUAUUAAGUACCUUCAAGCUCAAGCUUAAUAUAACAGGUAAAUGUUAAGUAUUUACUACAAAACUAUAUUAUGACGGGGCUGUCUACAUGCUUAACGUACUUCUUAUGAACUAACCAGACAAUGCAACAAGACCAUAUAAACCGUACUUAAUUUCAACCUUUGGCAUAUUGGUACAUUUUUAAGAUGAGUGAAUGAGCACCGGCGUAUGAACGUCUAUAAAGCCUAGUUCUUUAAACGUAUAUUUAGAAAUUGGUUGUGAAUAGUGUUUUUGUUAAACAAAAUUGUCAAGGGAGGGAUUUGCCGUGUUGUGUUUUAAAGCCAACAAUAAAUUGGCAACUUGAAAAUAGGAAGUACGAUUCAAGCAGAGCAGUUUAUAUCUAAACCCAAUGGGUUCAUAAGGCCGUUAAUAGAACAUAUAAAAUAAAUAACAUAUAAAGAAGACGAAAUGUUUGAAAUUUCAUUUGUAUUAAAUUUAUAACAAAAACAUGAACUACAUCUUAUAUUUAUUAUUGAUGAAAAAUAUUUUUGUAUAUGAACAUUGACGAUAUGCGAGAAUAUCGUUCGUUUAUAUAUGUAUGUAUGUACAUGUUUAAUAGGGAAAUUCUUAUUUAUUUUAAAGAAAAUAAAAAAAUUGUAACAAUUUUCCAUAUUUUUUAUAGCUAAUAUCAAGUUGUACCAUUUUAUGUAUUUUCACAAUGUGUUAUAAUUUUAAAAUUACUUUUCUCCAUGAUUUGUAAACACAAAUAAACGUUUAAUCUACAUUUCAA